AUGGAGGAGCUGGUGGAGGGGCUCGUUGAGGAGAUCCUCCUCCACUUGCCGCCGGGCGACCCCGUGAGCCUCCUCCGCACCGCGACCGUAUGCAGGAGUUGGUGCCGUAUCAUGUCCGCCCCAGGCUUCCGCCGAAGGUUCGGCCAGCGCCACCGCACGGCCCCCAUGCUCGGCUUCCUCGACAACCGGAAAGUUGCCGUCCAGGACGACUGCUUCGUAGGCUACGUAGGCUACGCGGUCGGCUUCGCCCCCGCCACCCCCUUCCGCCCGCGCCGCUCCGAGCACCGCGACCACCGCGUCCUCGACUCCCGCCACGGCCGCGUCCUCCUCACCAGCAUGCCCUGGGAUCCUGAGCUCGAGGUUUGGGACCCCUUCACGGAUGAGCUGCGGGAACUCCCCGAGGUGCCGCUGCCCUCACCUAUCACCUGGAAUGCAGCGGUGGUCUGCGCCGACUACGGCGCGUGUGACCACCUCGUUUGCCGUCGCGGGCCCUUCCUCGUCGUCUUCCUGGACGCCGACGGUGCGAAGAUGCGUGUGCACGUUUACUCGUCGGAGGCUGGCGCCUGGAGCGAGCCUAGUUAUGGCCCUCCGUCCCCAGAAGAUGGGAUUGAAAUGGUUCCUAGUGCCCUUGUUGGUAAUGCACUCUGCUUCCUGAUUGAUGCGACCAACAGCAUUCUGAAGUACGAUUUGGCCACACGGAAUAUGUCUGUGAUCCACUUGCCUCCCAAUUUCGUUUCGGACUUUAAGGUGCUCAUGACGAUGGGAGAUGGUGGGUUGGGUUUUGCAAUGGUGGAGAGAUCUACGCUCUGGGUCUGCUCAAUGCAGACUGACCCCCAGGGAGAUGAUUUUUGGGUACCAGUCAGAUCCAUUGAGCUCGGAUUUGAUGCAGGCUCCAUUAAUAAUGAUUGUGUUGCCUUUGCACCUGGCGUUGAGGUCCUUUUUGUUGGGACAGAGGAUGGUUGGUUCAGUAUUGAUCUAAAGUCUGGACGGGUGAGGGAACUGGUGUACUGCAAUGCUUGGACCUAUGCUCUCGUUCCAUACAUGAGCUUCUACACUCCAGAUCUUCAUCAGUAUGGUGUGGUUCCUGUCUGA